GCGACAUCAUCCUCAACACCGCUAAUGGUUCGACAUCGAGUGCAAUCAAUUGGCCAGUAAUCUUGUUCAAACAGCCCAUGAUGUCGUCGUCAACGCCUACCGUUGGCGUCUGGCGCCAACUUCGUCAAAGCCCCUACAUUUUUGGUCUUGCAACGUUCGCCUCACUCGGCGGCUUCCUCUUCGGAUAUGACCAAGGCGUGGUUUCUGGCGUCUUGGAGAUGGAGUCCUUCGCAGCCCAAUUUCCCCGCAUAUACACGGACAGCAGCUUCAAAGGAUGGUUCGUAUCUACGCUGCUCCUGACUGCGUGGUUUGGAUCUCUCAUCAAUGGCCCCAUCGCCGAUCGCUUUGGUCGUAAAGGAUCCAUGCUGGGGGCUGUUGUCGUCUUCUUGUUAGGAUCAGCGCUACAAGCAGCCGCGAAGACUAUACCCGAACUGUUUGGCGGCAGAGCUGUUGCUGGCCUUGCAGUAGGCAUGCUAACCAUGAUUGUACCCAUGUACAUGUCUGAAGUGUCCACCGCUGGCAUCCGCGGUUCCCUCGUCGUUUUACAGCAGCUGAGCAUUACGCUUGGCAUCUUGGUCAGCUAUUGGCUCGAGUAUGGCACGCAGUAUAUUGGCGGUGCAAGAUGCGCGCCAGAGAUUCCGUACUCUGGUGGUACGCCAGCCAAAUCACGAUUUGACCCUUACAAGGAUGUCGCAGCCGGAGGCUGCACAGGUCAGACCGAGGCUUCAUGGCGUGUUCCAUUUGCUCUUCAACUUGCACCAGCGCUCAUUCUGGGUAUCGGCAUGCUCUUCUUCCCAGAAUCACCCCGCUACUACCUCAUGCGACACAAGGAGGAUAAGGCUCUCAAGGCACUGGCGCAGCUCAGACGGGUACACCCUGAUGACGACUCGCUUCGAGAAGAAUAUCUUUCCAUUAAGGCAGAAGUGCUGUUCGAUGAAUCAGUAGCAAAAGACAAGUUUCCUGGAAAAUCGGGUGCAUCACUCUACCUGGCACAAUACAAGUCAUUGGUUUCCACCCGCCCUGCCUUUUGGAGACUUGCAAUUGGUUGCGUCACUAUGUUCUCGCAACAAUUCAUUGGCUGCAAUGCUAUGAUUUACUAUGCGCCAACAAUCUUUGCCCAACUUGGCCUGUCUGGAAACACCACAUCCUUGCUGGCCACUGGAGUAUAUGGUAUCGUCAACACUCUUUCUACUCUGCCUGCACUUUUCCUCAUCGACAAGCUUGGCCGCCGGCCCCUUCUUCUCUCUGGCGCUACGGGAACUUUUAUAUCUCUUGUCAUUGUCGGAGCCAUUCUGGGCACGUAUGGCGACAACAUUAGCGUACACCCGGCCGCAGGUUGGACAGGAAUCGCGUUUAUUUACAUUUACGACAUCAACUUCUCCUACUCUUUUGCCCCUAUUGGAUGGGUUCUGCCUUCGGAAAUUUUCAAUCUCGGUAACCGGUCAAAGGCAAUUGCCAUCACCACUAGCACCACCUGGAUGUGCAACUUCAUCAUUGGUCUUGUGACACCAGACAUGCUAGAAACAAUCAAAUGGGGAACAUACAUCUUCUUUGCUGCAUUUGCUCUAAUCGCUUUCGUUUUCACGUAUUUCUUUAUCCCGGAGACCAAGGGAAAGAGCCUAGAAGAUAUGGACGAGAUCUUUGGAGACACAGCAGCACAUGAGGAGAAGCAGAGACUUUUUGCAAUUGCGGCGUCAUUGGGGCUAACUGCGGAGAUUCCCAAUGAAAAGCUUGAGGUUUAAGCUCCCAAUCGUCAGUGUUGGAAAUGCCACUCUGCAUUCUUUACAGUCGUUAGGUCCUUUUUUGCACCCAUGGUAUACCAGCAGAAAGACCCGCCUCCGGAAUGUACUAUGACGCGAUCAUGACCAGAUUGGUUUGUUUAUGUCAUGACUCAAAUGAUUGUAAUUUGGUAGAUAUUAUCCAUGACAUAUAAGUUACAGUAAUAUCAAACGUCAUAUCAAUUGUAUUCUUCCUGUAACCUAGCACAAAGCUUCACAUUUCCCCGUGUCGCUUGCUUCGCGACAGCUGUGGCAAUCAUGGCCGCCGCCAGACCGCUCUUCAUUCUUGGAGGGAUGCCUUCAUCAUUGCUAUAUUCUUUUUCAUACUGAUUAGAGCCAUCGAGCCCACGUCGUACUAGCGGGCAUAAUGUCGCCGAAGUACGCCGGGCACCUGGGGGUACGUCGACCAAUGGAGGUCGACGAUUUACAAUAUCGAUAUAGUGUGUGUCGAUAUCACGAUGCUCAAGCCAAUGGCUUAUAAAGCGGGUAACAUGCGACUCAUUCUCUCCAGUGUCUUCUGGUUGGUCAACAAUAUUCUCUAAUUGCACGAGCGUAUUUGCCAAUUCUGUCGCAGAAUCAGACCCAACGUCAUGGGGAAUGGCAUAGUCUCUUGCUCCUUCUGUGCACAUGAGAACGACUAUUGAAUCGCAAUCCAAUCCCAAAUGAACUUUAUCAUCAGCCCCCAUACGUAGCAGAGCCGCCAAGGCCGCCGCUCCGCAGGGACCGACUGGUACACCAAUGUCAGCGAGGCGCUUGCAGGCAAGAUGGGCUUCAAAAUCAGAGAUUGUGAUGCUAGCGUCCACGCCGUGUCGGAGGACAGGCCAGGCAAUUUUCGAAGGAGUGCCACAGUCAAGGCCAGCCAUGAUUGUCGGUGUGUUGACUUUGGAUAUGAGUUCGCCAUGUUGAAAGCUUUUCCAGAUACAAGCAGCCGUGUCUGGUUCAACACAGACCACUGCAGUAUCUUUCCCCUGUUGCUUAAAGUACGAGGUAACUGCUUGAGCAAAAGAACCGACUCCAGCAGGAGCUAUGACAAGAGAGGCUGAAUCGCCACCAAGUUGAUCAUCGAUUUCUCGCAUCAUUGUCUGAUAGCCAUCUA